CUCAGCCUUGGGACUAUUGUCAAGCCUGGCAGGGUUUGAAGGAACACUGAAAAAUCAUGAGAGUCUCCAGGAUAGUUCUCUGUGUCUUCUUGGCCGGUGUCCUCUGCUCCACAGUCCAGACUGCCAUACGAGGCAGUAACAUUGCCAGGUACUGCUGUGAAAGAUACAGCUCCAGACCCAUUGCCAGGAAGUUUGUACGGACCUAUGAACUCGCCAAAAGCAGCUGCUCUCUAUCUGCUGUCAUAUUCAUCACCAUAAAAGGACAUAAAGUCUGUGCUAAUCCCACAGCAAAAUGGACUCAGAAAUAUGUGGCUUCCCUGAAAUCCCAGAAGGUCCUUAUUUGAAGUUGACCUCACACCCAGAGCUGGAAGGGCUCAGCAUCCCUGCUGCCUGCUCAGUAACCCAGCAGCCCAAAGAGGCCAGAGACCCAUUGCCACAGAUUGGCCUGAAGAGUCUUUGGUUUCAUGACUGAGGGGAGGAGAGUGGACUUGUGCAGCAGAUGCUUUUACUAUGAAGAGGUUGCCUUCUUCGACAGGACUUGUGACUUAAUGCUAUUACAAUAAACGUUGUUGGUCUUCAGCUGUGUUACCUUUGAAACACGAUAUAGUGGAAAGAGGGAUGAGGUCAGGUUCAGGGGACCUGGCUUUGAGUUCUGGCUGUGCUAUUUGCUAAGCAUAUGACCUUGGCAGAUGGCUGUACCUGAGUUUCUCAUCUGUCAAAUGAGAGGGUUUGGCCUAGAGGCCCCUUCCAGCUCUAAAUUUCUGAGUCUCAAUUUCC